UUGCAUUCCGCGGCAUGGCACAUCCGGACCGCGUCGCCGAGGCCGCGCUCGCCUGGUUCGCGGCCAAGGUCCCGGUCAAGAAGCAUGCGACCAACGAGUACACGGUGCUGGCAGCCAUCGUCCUCGAGAACGACGGAGCCCUCGAGGUGCUCAGCGUCGGGUCGGGCACGAAAUGCCUUGGCCAGAGUGCGCUCUGCACCGACGGCUACCUCAUCCACGAUGGCCACGCCGAGGUCAUGUGUCGCCGCGCCUUCCUGCGGUACCUCUACUACGAGCUGAGCUUGCGCCAGGCUGGCGUCGCCAACGAGACGUCCAUUUUUACGGCGGCAACGGACGACGAUGGUAAGCUCGCGUUGAAGCCGGGCUGCACGCUGCAUCUCUACGUGAGUGAAGCGCCGUGUGGCGACGCUGCGCUCUAUGACCUCAAAGCCGACGUGCUCGACGAGAUUCGCGAGGCCAAGGUCAAGCGGCGCAAGCUCAACGACGCCGAGGUCACGACCGUGCCGAUGCGAACAACGGGCGCCAAAGUCGUCGAGAGCUCGACCCACUCGCACGUGCGCGGCCUGGCGCGCGUCAAGUCGGGUCGCACCGACAUUCCCGAGUCAAACCGAACGGUAUCCAUGUCGUGCAGCGACAAGAUCUGCAAGUGGCUCUGUGUCGGGCUCCAAGGCAGUUUGCUCUCCCAGUGGUUUGCGCCUCUGUAUCUCGCGAGCGUCGUAGUGAGUCUCGACACUCAAAGCGAUCCCAAAAGCUUUCAAGAGGCCAUUUCGCAGAGCUUGGUGCGAGGCAACUCGACCUGCAGCGUGGCAACGACGGCCUUGACCUUUCCGCUCACGCGAUCGCUGGCGCCAAGUACUCGAACGAGCGCGUCGGGACUCGCGCUCAACUGGACAUCUCUCCGCGCAGCGGCACCGACGGCAGUCGCGCUGGUCGACGCCAAGCCUGACGUCGAGUACCUCGUGGGUGCGCGCGGUCUCAAAAUGGGCACGAAGAAGGUCGUGGAUCUCCAAAUCAAGCGAAAAAUGAGCUCGCGCCUCACACGACGCCGGUUCUUUGCGGCGGCGGCGCAGCUCGAUGCGUCGCUUGCCGAGCUGGGAUACGACGCGGCCAAGCGCAAGCAAGUCGCGUACACGGCUGCCACACAGCGUUUUCGCGCCCUCGACUGCUUUGCGGCGUGGCAAGGAGCUCCAGCGACUGCCAAAAGCUUCACUCUGGCGCAAAGUUGAGAGUCGCUGUCCGAUGUUACCAUUGCGAUAAAUUCACUUCCCAACUCUCUCGACCUACUCGACUUGCGUUUGUUGAUUCAUGCACUAAGUUGGCUCCAACGG